CGGAAGCAGCACAGACAGCUGCGAAAGUAAAAGUUGACGUUCUUCCUUCGGCAUAUAAAAGCGGUCUAAACGCUUUUUGUAGAUAUAAGCUAUUAAAACCACAGGGACAUUACAUCUUAUAUAAUGCUCCAGAUGGCUUUCUCCUGGUUUCGUGCAGCAGUGCCGCUUUGUUUCGCGGUUUUAUCGGUCGCUCUGGCCAUCAGCAGACAGACUCCAGCCGUUCCGUCCCUUCUGACCGCCGUCGUCGGUGUGUGCUCUCUGGCUGGGAUGGCGCUCAUUAGCUUGAAGAUAAAAGGUGAAAAUCGGACUUUAAGCAGCCUGUUGAGCCAGUAUGUGGCGGUGAAAGUUGUAGGCUGGCUGGGCAGGUGGCAGAGAAGGAAACUUGAAGCCGACACACUCAAGGUGAAGGAAGUCCAGGAGGAGACGCUGCUGAAGCGCUUGCGUAAAAACGCAAACACUUAUUAUGGAAGACAGUACGACUUCAGCUCAGUUAAAGAUAGUGAUGAAUUUCGUGCACGUCACCCUAUUACUACAUACAAGCACUAUCAAGACCUAAUCAAACGCAUCGUAGCUGGCGAAGAGAAUCUGAUCAUUGCUGAGAAGCCACAGAUUCUGGCCAUGACCUCUGGAACGUCAGGAUCCAGUGCCAUGCUGCUCAGCACCAAGAACACCAACACUGAGUUUUUCCUGCAGGGAGUGACUGUGUGUUUAGAUGCCAUGCGGCAGGCAUUCCCUGAGACCAGCAGCCUUCAGCGCACCACCAAAUUUUUUUACACUCCUACUUUUCGGCAGUCUGAGGCUGGCAUUCCCAUCGGGCCAAACUCCUCGACACCAGCCUCCUCACACCAUAUGCUAAACCUGUAUACAACUCCAGCAACUGCCUUCGAGGUUUCCAAUGAGAAGGACACCCUGUACCUGCAUCUUCUUUUUGCUCUGAAAGAUCCUAGUGUGGGAACACUGGAGUCCAACUUUGCCUCCACAGUUUUCUAUGCCUUCAGUGCCCUACAGGAGCGUUGGCAGGAACUUGUGGAGGACAUUGAACGAGGGAAAAUCAGUACUGCUCUGUCUCUGGAGCCCAAAGUAAGGGCCAGGCUUGAAGCGCUAAUGAAGCCAGACCCACAGAGGGCUGCCCAGCUCCGGGCCCACUUCCAAGACAGCUUCAGGGGGAUUGCCAAGCGCCUGUGGCCUCAUCUGCACCUGGUUCUGGCAGUGGACUCGGGUUCUAAUCAGAUCUAUGGUGAAAUGUUGAGGGAGAACUACUGCAAAGGAGUGCCUUUCUACUCACCCUUCUAUGCUGCCACUGAAGGUCUAAUCGGGGUGAACCUGUGGCCUCAGGAGUUAAACAGGCAUUACUUGCUGUGCCCUCGUUCAAUGUUCUGCGAGUUCAUCUCAGAGAGCAGCCUGGAUGAGGAGACACCUCACACUCUGUUGAUGGAGGAGGUGAAGGAGGGAGAAAACUAUGAGCUUCUUGUCACAAAUGCUUCUGGACUUUUCAGAUAUCGCAUUGGAGACAUUGUAAAAGUAGUUGGAUUUCACAACCAGUGUCCCAUCGUGGAGUUUCAGUACAGACGAGGUCAGAUGCUGAACGUUCGUGGAGAGAAAGUGUCAGAAGCGUUGUUCCUCGAUGCUUUGAAGAAAGCUGUUGCUCAGUGGCCAGGAGCUCAGCUGGUUGACUACUGCUGUGCUGAGAGUGGCAUCCUAGGAGAUUCAAUUGGUGGCUCAGACCCUCACUACCAGGUGUUUUUAGAGCUGAAAGGUGUGAGGAGACUUACAGAGGAGCACCGACAUAAGUUGGACAUUUCUCUCCAACAGGACUCAGCAGUCUACAAAUCCUUCCGUAUCAAAGGCAGCAUUGGACCAAUGAGGGUGCAGUUGGUGGCGGACGGUGCGUUUAAUGAACUUCGUAAGCGGAUGAUGGCCUACUCAAGCACCUCACCCAACACGUUCAAAAUGCACCGGGUGCUGCGCAGAAAAGAAUACGCUGAAUUCCUCUUGGGGAAGACUGUUUCCUGAAAUGACUUAGAGACUCUGUGAUGAGUGCUGAAUGAAUUUCUCUAGUUUUAGUUUAUUUAUGACCAACCUGAUGAAGUGUGCCUUUGAAAGAAAAUUGUGCAGUGAAAAAGUGUUCCGUCAGUUUUGUUCACUGAAAUCUGAGGACUCAACCAGGGUAUCAUAACAUAAACUGUAUUGAUUUUUUUUUUUUUUAACCAACAUGGUGUUUUUGCCCAAUCUAGAAGGUUUCCAAGCAUUUCCACAGAUAAAGACUGGGACUGACUCGAGCUACGCAAAAUCUCUGAGUCAUGUUUAAAUGUAGACUUAUUAUCAAAAGGCACAUCUCCACUGCCUCAGUGGAAAAGAGGUGUGACUUAUGAAUUUGUCUCACUAGAGUUUCCUUUCUCUCCCUUGUACAUACUCAGAUGACAUUCCUAAACAAAUCUUACUUAACUCCUUUUAAUGUUUUUCAAGUCAGUUAAAUAAAAUAAUAUCUAGUAAAUGUCUUUUCAUGUGGAUUUGCUAAAAGCUUGUAAAACUCUGAAACUUAUUUUUAAAAUAUCCUUUCAAUUUACACCAUCUGUUUCUGAAUGUCACAGCAGCAGCACCGUCUCAUGAUCCUGUUUAGUGAAAUUACCUGUGACAGCUAAAGCACAAUUUGGCAAGAUUUAAAUCUAAAAACACUCCACUCUCAUGUGGCUGAGUUUCAUCUUUUUGGUCCCUUUAGAAUGGCGUUGUUAGACAGCAGUCACAGCAUGUGCUGGAAAAGAUAAUUAUUCUAUUUUUAGCUUUAGUUAAUGAUGUGAUGUCAUAUGCUUAUUGGUGGAAGUUUUUUUUUAGGCUUUUGUCUAAAAGAAGGACGGUUCUGUGCAGACUUGGCCAGCUUGCUUUCAGUGAGCUCCCAGUUUCAGCUCCCUUUGAUUGAAGUGAACCCUUCAGACCGGUAGAGCUGAUUACUGGUAAGCAUCAUUAAUCUAGACUGUAACUGAUGAUCCUUAUGAAAGCAAUGAAGGCUUCAAUAGCUGUAUGCUUGCAGUGCUCACCACCUGAACAGCUCAGCUCUUCAUUUUCAUCAUAAGCAGAGAGCAAUAUGAGGGUCAGGACUUUGUUGUCACCACUAGAGGGAGCCAGUCUAAUAUAUAGCCGAGCAGCAGAUGGUGUUAAUGCUGUCUCCCACAGGUCCAGCAUUUAACUGCUUGUUAGCCCUAAAAGAAACAGUGAAUUCUUGGUUAUAUCUCUGACUGUUAGUGCCUUCAGCUGAAUUAAUAGCAUCUAAGUUAUCAAAAUUUUGUUUAAAAAAAUGGGGGGUAGCAAAUGAAAACGAGAGAGAGAGAGAGCAUAUGUAUCUAUGUUACUUUUUUAAUUCUGUGAGAUUUUUUUUUUAAGUUGCCGUCUUUAACCUCAAAGAAAACAGGAGUCUGAAAGCUGAACAAGCCCCGGUCAGAGCUACUGCUCUUCUGUGUUAUUGCAAGGCAUGCUUCUCAGGUCGAAUCAUUCACAAAGUGGGCUACUAUUUUUAGUAACGCCCCAUUUCAGCCGAGAUUUGACAUCGUUCUCGCUUUAUUUUGGCUGCAUAAUGUUACGACCAUAUACACAAGUGUUACACACUUGAAUUUUAACUUUCACCUUAAGAAAGCUGGCAAACAGCAAUAUGGCACUAAUUUGAUGUUAGGCC